AUCUCUUUUGAACCCAAUUUUACGGUGCAUCUUAUCUGAAGGGAACACGCUUUUUCGAAAGCGGUGGUAUGAUUGUCGGGUCCUCUCCUCAUUCCACCCACUGGCCUGUUAGGUAGGAUAGCAGUCUUCGGGCUUUGCCUGCCCUUUCUGAUAAAGAAUUCCGGCUUGGCCUAGGAAAGCGCUGACAACAACAAAAAAGAAGGGGUCUAUGUAGCUGCUGGCCCCCCCCCACCCCCUCUCUCUUAAUCAAUGGGACAGCAGGUUGAGCUUAGCAUUGAUCUGCACUGAGAUGGAACAGUAAAUGUACGCAGACAAAUCAGGUGACUUGUUAAUUUCUCCUUGGCCCUCCAUGUUUGAAGUGAAUUCCUAAAAGGAAAUGAUCUAUGGAGAGAGAGCGACGUGCAUUAAAAUCUCCACCCAGAAAGUGAUACCGGUAGUUCAAACACUUGAAGGAUCUGUCCCUAUGAGCGUAUAGCCCUUAAAUUGCCUAAUAGGCUUUUCUCUUGUCCUUUCUUCUAACAUUAUUGAGAAGUUCUUGAAGUAGGAAAAUAAAGACAAUGUUGGUGAUGAAUCAUCAUUAUUGGAUACUCAACUAAUUUCUUUUUGAACUACUUCAUGUCUUGGCUCCAAGAUUAAAGCUCUUAUUUGUGUGAUCUUCAUAGAUUUAACAGUAUCGUUUGCAUUAAGGGUAAACGAAAGCGACAUCGUUUAUAUCAGUCUCAGCAACCUGUGAGGUGGAGAAAUAAAACUGUUGUUGAGGCAAAUGAAAAUCUGUGAAGCAAUGGUGGCUUUAACAUUCUACAGUGCUAUUUUCAUUCUCUUGUGUGCUUUUGCUUCGGCUUCUCCGACUGCAAAUGAGACGCAUCCACGUCUCUUUAGUAAGAUCUAUGCCUUCGGAGAUUCAUUCACAGACACGGGCAACACAAGGUCUGUAUCAGGGCCAACAGUAUUUGGCCAUGUCUCUAAUUCUCCUUAUGGCAGUACGUUCUUUCACCACUCGACCAACCGAUAUUCGGAUGGACGACUGGUGAUUGACUUUAUAGCCCAGACAUUGUCCCUGCCUUUCUUGACACCUUACAGAUAUUUGAAGGGCAAUGAGUCCUUUCAUGGGGUGAACUUCGCUGUUGCAGGAUCCACAGCUAUAAACCAUGAUUUCUUUGUUAGAAAUAACCUUAGCCUUAACAUUACUCCUCAGUCUAUCCAAACUCAGCUACUUUGGUUCAACAAGUUCUUGGAGACUCAAGGACAUAGAGGGGCAGCUGCUUUUGAUGAUGCUUUGUUUUGGGUUGGUGAAAUUGGAGUCAACGAUUAUGCUUAUAACACCGGAUCGCCUAUACCAGAUGAUACCAUCCGUAAGCUCGGUGUUGCCAGCGUUACUGGAGUCUUACAGUCUCUGCUGAAGAAGGGUGCAAAAUACAUGGUUGUUCAAGGUUUACCACCAAGUGGAUGCCUGCCAUUAGCAAUGUCUAUAGCCCCUGUCGUCGACAGAGACGAUAUCGGCUGCGCGAGGAGCUCAAACAACCAAACCUACUAUCACAAUCUUUCUCUCAGGGCCUCAUUGCAAUCUUUAAGGAGACAGUUUCCUCAAGCUGUCAUCAUAUAUGCUGAUUACUGGAAUGCGUAUCGAACAGUCAUGAAGAAUCCCGGCAAGUACGGUUUCAGGGAGCUCUUCAAAGCCUGCUGCGGUGUCGGUGGACCGUACAACUUCAACGUGCUUGCUGUCUGUGGAAUGUCUUCAGUCAGUUCCUGCAAAAAGCCAUAUGAAUACAUAAACUGGGAUGGAGUUCACCUCACUGAAGCCAUGUAUAAAGUAGUUCAUGACAUGUUCGUCGAAGGUGGAUUUACCGAGCCUCCUUUCGGUAGCUUGUUCGACAAGAAACGUCAUGAGGGAUAGGACGUUGAGAAUGAAUCGGUCUGGUGAUGAUUUUGUUAGCUUUUAUCUUUGAGAUCUCUGAACUUUAGCUAUGGAACUAGCAUGAACAGUAAUGGCAUAAGGCUUUCUUUCCA